CACCGAUCCGAGUUGUGAGGGAGAGGUGUCUGUUUCGGGGAAGCCGGCUUGUGUUGCCGGCGCCAUGGAGUCGCCUUUUAGUCCAGUUCUUUCUCAUGGACCAGAUGAAGACUGGGAGUCUACAUUGUUUGCUGAACUUGGCUAUUUCACAGACACUGAUGAUGUGCAGUUUGACGCAGCACAUGAGACUUAUGAAAAUAAUUUUGAUCAUCUUAAUUUUGAUUUGGAUUUGAUGCCUUGGGAGUCAGACAUAUGGAGCCCCAGCAGCCACUUCUGCUCAGACAUUAAGGCAGAGCCCCAGCCUCUUUCUCCAGCUUCCUCCAGUUGUUCCGUCUCCUCUCCUCGGUCCACAGACUCGUGUUCUUCAACUCAGCAUGUUCCUGAGGAGUUGGAUUUGUUGUCUAGUUCUCAGUCUCCCCUUUCCUUAUAUGGCGACAGCUGUAAUAGCCCCUCCUCAGUAGAGCCACUGAAGGAAGAGAAGCCUGUCACUGGCCCUGGAAACAAAACGGAACAUGGGUUGACUCCAAAGAAAAAAAUUCAGAUGAGUUCAAAACCUUCAGUUCAGCCCAAGCCUUUAUUACUUCCAGCAGCACCCAAGACUCAAACAAAUGCCAGUGCUCCAGCAAAAACCAUCAUCAUUCAGACCCUACCCGCCCUUAUGCCGCUGGCAAAGCAGCACUCGAUCAUCAGCAUACAGCCUGCGCCCACCAAAGGUCAGACUGUUCUGCUCUCUCAGCCUACUGUGGUUCAGCUUCAGACCCCUGGAGUUCUGCCGUCUGCUCAGCCAGUUCUUGCUGUCACUGGAGGAGCCACACAGCUACCUAACCAUGUGGUGAAUGUGGUGCCAGCCCCUGUGGUGAACAGCCCGGUGAACGGAAAACUUUCUGUGACUAAACCUGUUCUACAGAGUGGCACCAGAAGUAUGAGUUCAGAUAUUGCUGUGCUGAGGAGACAGCAGCGUAUGAUAAAGAACCGAGAGUCUGCUUGUCAGUCACGAAAGAAGAAGAAAGAGUAUAUGCUAGGACUGGAGGCCAGGUUGAAGGCUGCCCUCUCAGAGAAUGAGCAGCUGAAGAAGGAGAAUGGGUCCCUGAAGCGACAGCUGGAUGAGGUGGUAUCAGAGAACCAGAGGCUCAAAGUCCCAAGUCCAAAGCGAAGAGCUGUCUGUGUAAUGAUGGUAUUAGCAUUUAUAAUGCUGAACUAUGGGCCCAUGAGCAUGCUGGAGCCAGAUUCCAGGACAGUGAAACCCAGUGUGAGCCCUGCCAAUCAAAGGAGGCAUCUCUUAGAAUUUUCAAAGAAAGAAGUUAAAGACACAUCCGAUGGUGACAACCAGAAAAACAGUUACAGAUAUGAUCAUUCUGUGUCCAAUGACAAAGCCUUAAUGGUGCUAAGUGAAGAACCCUUACUUUAUAUCCCUCCACCUCCAUGUCAGCCCCUGAUUAACACGACAGAGUCUCUCAGGUUGAACCAUGAACUUCGAGGCUGGGUUCAUAGACAUGAAGUGGAAAGGACCAAAUCUAGAAGAAUGACAAAUAGCCAACAGAAAACCCGAAUUCUCCAGGGUGCUCUGGAACAAGGCUCAAAUUCUCAGCUGAUGGCUGUCCAGUACACAGAAACCACUAGCAUCAGUAGGAAUUCUGGGAGUGAGCUGCAAGUAUAUUAUGCUUCACCUGGAAGUUACCAGGGCUUCUUUGAAGCCAUCCGCAGGAGGGGAGAUACGUUUUACGUCGUAUCAUUUCGAAGGGAUCACCUGCUAUUACCAGCUACCACCCAUAACAAGACCACAAGACCAAAAAUGUCAAUUGUAUUACCAGCAAUAAACAUAAAUGAUAACGUGAUCAAUGGGCAGGAUUAUGAAGUAAUGAUGCAGAUUGACUGUCAGGUGAUGGACACCAGGAUCCUCCACAUCAAAAGCUCCUCAGUUCCCCCUUAUCUCCGAGAUCCUCAGAGGAACCAAACCAGCACCUUCUUUGGUUCCCCUCCAACAGCCACAGAGACGACCCAUGUGGUCAGCACCAUCCCUGAGUCGUUACAGUAGUGCCCUCCCUGAACUGCUCUGGAAAGCAGAGAGCGGGCCUCACCAAACUGAAGAGCUGGUGAGAUGCCGCCCUCUCCCUCCUCGGCAAGCAGAGAACUGCUGCGUACUGCAACUCCAGGGGAAGAGAAAGAGAACAAGAAGCCGCUCUGCUUUUCACCACCUACUCAGCAGUGUGGAACCUGCUAGAGAGCAGAUCUCUGGUGGCAGUGUAGCCCUGUGGGCAGUGUCGCCUGCUGUUGGUUCUGCCAUGCGUCUUUAGUACUUUUCCCAUUGUGUGUUUUGUUCUCAGUCAUCUUCCUUCAGGUCAGACCCACUUCCUCUUCUGUCCACUGCGCUUCCUGGCACAGUAAAGAGAUUUGUAUUUAAAGCUUAAAAACACGUGUUCAUGUGGUUUCCACCAA